AUGGCUUUCUCGAAUUCAGAGGCAUCGGAGCACUUGUCGAACAUCCAAAUCUUUAUUAAAAACAUGACUGGUGACACUAUACCUCUAUCCGUUCCCACCGGCCUCUCCAUCCAGAACCUCACCGAAAUACUCUCUGUCAAGACAUCACGGCCGGAAACAGAUCUCCGUCUAUCCUACGCCGGGAAACACCUAUCACCCCUACACUCUUUGUCCACCUACAAUAUUAGACGGGAAAGCUUACUUCACCUUACAUCUCCUAUCCGGGGCGGUAUGCCGCCCAAAAAGAUCCGCUGUUCCUUUAAAGAUUGCAGAGAUGGCGUGCAGCGGAUUGUUGGUGACUGCGGGUUUUGCUCCGGCCAUUUCUGUGGUAAACACCGUCUAUUAGAGGACCACAAAUGCGAAGGACUUGAAGAUUGUAAAAAACAAUCUCACGAACGGAACGCUGCACAGCUUCAUGCAGAGAGAACUCACGCUAUCAAGGGGGCAUAG